AUGGUCAGCAUAUCCACGCUUGCCGGAUAUAACAAAAAUGACAUUCGGAAUCUAUUGUUGAUAUUACAGGAGUUUGUGAUCACAUACAAGGACAACAAGGUCAGUAUCAACUACAAGUCGAGGCCGGUGGUGCUAUUUUUGGGUACGCUUGUGUCCACGGCUGGGUUGGGGGUUUUGUUCACGUUGAGGAGUUUGAUUCACCAGUACUCCGAUUAUCAGUUGAAUAGGAAGCAGAACCGUCCGUUUUUGAUCAGACAAUCGUCCACGAUCUUGAAAAAUGGUAGUCGGGAAAUCUUUAUUUCAAAGGGCAGGAAUUCGACUACGAGGAUCAUAAUUCCGAAGCCCAACAAAGAUCGGUACGCGGCCGACAAGUACUUGUACAAGAACUUUAUGAUCGAUCAGAACUUGAAGACACAGAACAACUUAUUCAACUCAAAGUUUUUGAACCAAUUGAUGAUUAUUUGGAGAAUUUUGAUCCCCCGCUUCUACUCAAAGAAUACGUCGUUGUUGUUGUCCCAGUGCUUUUUCUUGAUUUUGAGAACCUGGUUGUCGUUGUUGGUAGCGAAACUCGACGGGCAGAUCGUGAAGAAUUUGAUCGGUGGUAAUGGGAAGAAGUUUGCUCGUGAUUUGAUAUACUGGUUAUUGAUUGCGUUCCCAGCAUCUUACACCAAUGCGGCCAUUAAAUACUUGACGAACAGGUUAUCGUUGAGCUUCAGAACAAACUUGAUUAGAUAUGUGCAUGACAUGUAUCUUGACAAGAUGAUGGUUUAUUAUAAGGUGUCACUUAAUGAGUCUAGAAUUCAAAAUAUCGACCAGUACAUCACAAAUGAUAUAACUAAAUUCUGUGAUUCGAUCUGUGGGUUAUUUUCGAGUAUGGGUAAACCCAUGAUCGACUUGAUCUUUUUUGCGGUUUACUUAAGAGAUACCUUGGGAACCGGUGCAUUGGUUGGUAUUUUCAGUAAUUAUUUUUUGACAGCAUGGUUUUUGAAGAAGAACACCCCGGCGUUCGGAAAGUUGUCUGCAACGGGUACUCACCUUGAAGGUCAGUACUAUAACCAGCACUUGAAUUUGAUUACGAACAGCGAGGAGAUUGCGUUCUAUAAAGGUUCGGUGAUUGAGAAGUCUAAACUUAAAGAAACGUACCAUGAUUUAUCGGAACACUUACGUGAUGAAAUUAAUACAACCUUUGGUUAUUCAGUCAUAGAAGACUACAUCUUAAAGUAUACAUGGUCUGCCUGGGGUUAUGUCUUUGCUGGCUUGCCAGUUUUCCUUGAGGAUUUCUGGAAGACAAUACAACAAAUGAGGAACAAUGGACCGGUCGAAGAAGAUAAGAAUGCCGCUGUUAAUGAGAAGCAAAACAUGAGGCAAUUUGUUAUCAAUAAGAGAUUAAUGUUGUCGUUAGCCGAUGCUGGUUCAAGAUUGAUGUAUUCUAUAAAAGACAUCUCUGAAUUAACCGGUUACACAGAUAGAGUGUUUAAUUUAUUGACCAAUUUACACGAGGUCCAUUCACCUAGAUUUGAUUAUGGCUCUAAACAGGGUAUUAAGGAUAUCAGAGGAACUAUCCAGUCUAACUACUACGAAGGUAUCAGAUUUGAGAAUAUUCCUGUCAUCAUUCCUUCUACCAAGGGUUCCGAAAACAACAAAUUGAUCAACAAAUUAAACUUCCUGAUCAGUCAAAACAAAAACUUAUUGAUCUUAGGAUCUAAUGGGUGUGGUAAGACCUCGAUUGCUAGAAUUAUGGCUGGAUUAUGGCCAUUAUACUUUGGUUUGUUAAGUAAACCAGAUGACGACGAUAUUUUCUACUUGCCCCAGAAAACUUACUUCAACAACGGGAACUUGAGAGACCAAAUCAUCUAUCCCCACAGUUACGACGACAUGCUCGAAAUGGGUUACAAUGACGACCACUUAUACCAUAUUUUAAGAGAAGUCAAGUUGGAAUACUUGUUAACGAGAGAAGGAAAUUUCAAUGUCAAGAAGGACUGGAAGGAUGUGUUCAGCGGUGGUGAGAAGCAAAGAAUGAGUAUUGCCCGGGUCUUGUUUAAAAACCCUAAGUUCGUCAUCUUGGACGAAUCAACCAACGCCGUUUCCACCGACGUGGAGGACUACUUAUUUGAAUUAUUGCAGAAGAAAAAAAUCACCUUCAUCACCUUGAGUCACAGACCUUUAUUAAUGAAAUACCACGACUUCAUUUUAGAGAUAAAGAACUCCACCAGUACUGACGAAAAUGACAUGAGUGGCGUGAAUUGGGAAUUCCAUGACUUGACGUCCGAGGAGAACUUGAAGAGUCUUGAUCAUGAGAUUGACGAAAUCAAACACAAGUUGUCCCAAGUUGAACAAUGGGAGUCGAGAAAAGACGAUAUUGAAAAAUUUUUGGAUGGUAAGUAUGACGAUAUUGAAGAAUCUACGGUAGAAUUACCCCAAAAUCAUAUCCCAACCAUCUAA